GGAUCGAGAUGAGAGUGAAUCGAUACAAACUGCAGUGAUGCUAAUGUUACUCUGUUGUUCCAAAAAUAACUUAUUCUAUAACACGCCUGUGUUCAGCCACUGUGACUGGCAACAACAUAAAGUGUACAGCUGCUAUUGCUGUCUUUAGUGUAUAAUUAACGGAAUAAGAUACCAAAUGGAUAAAACGUUUAACGUUUUAUGAAAGGAGAAUAACUAGGUGAUGGAAAUGGGCCACAUAAUGAAAGGAUUUAUUUUUCAACGAUCUGUUAGAUACGGGAUUCUGGUGUGUGUUGCUUUAUUCUUUAUAGUGAAAAUUAUGCGAAAAGAAAAUAAAUCGGUUCCUCGUAUUAGCCGAUUUACUAGUAACUUUAAUAAACAUGUGUAUGUUAAUGAUGAAAUACCUUAUAGAAACAGAAAUGGAUUAACAAUUGAUCAAGUACAAAGAAAUGAAAGUGACGUUGUAACUUUAGCUAGGAAAAUAAGUUUAUAUAAUAACACAGUUCUUGUGAGUGUGGUCAACGAUGCGUAUUUACCGUUCGCAUAUAGUUGGCUCUGUAACACCAAACAUAUGAAUAUUCAUAGAUCUGUGCUAGUCAUUACCACAGAUAUCGAAUCAAAAAUGAAACUAAAUAAGGACUGGCCAGAAGUGUCCGUUUUUCAUAUUACACUUGACAUUCCAAAAGGUGACCAGGAAUACAGCCAUGUUGGUUAUGUUAAAAUUAUGAUUAGAAGAACAGAAAUAAUUCUGUCUUUACUGAAAGCAAAAAUAGAUCUGCUUUUACUUGAAUUCGAUUACGUGUGGUUUACAAAUCCAAUAUAUGGUUUCCAACGACAGGCUGGUGUGGAUAUGCUGGUUAAUCCGGUUUCAAACACUGGCGGAAGCGUUUUCAACGGCGGCUUGCUAUACAUGUUUGCAACCGAAAGGACUCAGGCUCUUUGGACAAAGUUGACGGCCAUGAUGAAGACACUGGAACAAUAUCUAAAGGAUAAAUCAGAUGAAAUGGCCAUAUCUGAGGGAGAUAAUGAUCAAACUUACCUAUCAAAAUUGAUCAGAGAAAGAUAUGCAAACAUUACAUACAACUUAUUGACCCUAGACAAAUACAGUGAUGGACAAUGGUACAGUAAGAGUGAGGACGAGAGAAGCAAGUUACGCCCUUUGGUUAUCAGCAAUAACUGGAUUAUAGGAAACAAGAAUAAAAUUAGCAGAGCAAAGAAAUGGAAUCACUGGUUUCUAAACUCUGAUGGUACAUGUGACGUGGAAACUGUGAACAAGAUAGUGUACAAAUAAUCAUUGCACACCAGCCUCAUAAAGUGAUCUCUUCAUGUAUACAGUCGGACAAAUAGGACAAAUUCUAAAUUGUUAAUUGUCGACCAAAUAACCAAUACAACCUGGGAUGUAGAUCAUAUUAUUUUCCUGUCAGUAGAAUUUUUUCUGCCAAAAGAUCAACUCCGGAUAAUUUGUUGACAACUCCGGAUAAUUUGUUGACCAAGUAAAUGAUCAACAGUAAAUUGUCGACUUAAACGAUCAAUAAGUUGUCAGCGAAACGAUCAAGAAAUUGGUUACCAAAUGGUAAUUUUCUAAUAAAUGAUAAUGAAAUUGGACGGAAUUUUAAAUAAAUUGAGAGCUUGUCGACAAAAUUACGAACGCUUUAGUGUUUAUAAUCCGAGCGAUGUGGUUGAAUGCAAAUAGGAAACUUAAUGGUUUCUUUACAAAUGUCUUUUAUACACUAGUCAGUUGUAAUCAUCACCCAACCCUCCGUCGCUAUCCUGGAGAAGUGCGGGGGAAUACCGGGGGGAAAUGAGCUGAAUUUCUGUCCCCGCACUGUUUCAAUAUACGAUGACUUCGUUUUAGCUUUAAAAUUGCGGGGUGGGGAUAUGUCCAACUCAAAGUACAACGUUUAACAGUGGUUCCCUCUAAGCUAAAUGUUGUUAUAAGGGGUUUCUCUUCCUAAUGGUGAAAUCUUAACAGAAAAGUUGUUAUGAUGAUUUUGAAAGGUCUUCAUGAAUCUAAUGUACCUGUAUAAAAAAGCAAACAGGAAAACAUCAAAAGGUGAACACAAUUGUGGGCUACCAAUUGUCUCUAAAUUAAUGGAGAAAAGUUUGAUCUGUGAAAAAUUAAUUUGAAUGUUUCAAUAUAUAGUACUGCGUAUAUUAGCAAAGACGAUCUAUUCGAGGAGUUAAAAGCAAAAAAGAAUUUUAAAACCCUAAAAAAUAAUGGAAGUAAUACAUAUAUAACUCUACAAGGAAAGCGUAUUGUACAACAAAACAACAGCGUUGGUGACGAACAAGUGUCGAGAUCUCAGAGUGCGAAUGAGAGAACAUAAAUCAGAUCAAGCAACUUUUCUGUAAAACAACGACGUGAAAGCAACAAUGACGUGCCAUUUCGGAAAAAUAAAAAAGUGAUGAUUACAACAAGAAAAUAUUAUAUACUGGGAAAUGAUAAGAAGUGAAAUGAAAAUGACAGACUCUCAGUUGUUAUUUCAGACAUAUGAGAGUUUUUUCUUUUUUUAUGCGGAAUGGUUUGAUGUAACAACCGGCGUAAGAUAAGGGUGUCCAUUAUAAGCAGUAUUAUUUAAGUUGAAUGUUAAAACAUUUAGGUAUUUAUGCGUUUAUGAUGAACGUGUUUGCGUCUUGUUGUAGGCGGAUAAUAUUGUACUGCCUGCAGAAAACUAAUAUGAUUUACGAGAAAAUGUUAAUUUUCGUCAAACAGCUGUUGUUAAGCUGAUAUAAUGUGCAUUAUUGUAAAGUCCAUAAUAAUAAUAAUAAUAAUAAUAAUAAACACUUUAUUUCAUGAAGGUAACACAUUAAGAAAUACAUAUCUUAUUUACAAUAACAAGAUAAUGAGAUUCACAAAUAUGUACACACAUAUCAAAAACACAAACAACAACCAUUCAAAUUGACAGACGCAUACAUUAGAUUCAUUUAAAUUGUAUAUCAAGUAAAUAUUUUUUCAUAUUUCUUUUAAAAACAUAUAGAGACGAAGACUCUUUAAUAUGUAAAGGUAAAUUAUUCCAUACUUGCAUUGCAUUAUUUUUAAAAGUUCUUUUAACAUAUUUUGUAUUAGAUCUUACAUGUAUUAUGUUUCUAUUUGUAGUUGAUCUAAGUGUAUACGUUUCAUUUUUCGAGAACACUGAUAUCUGAAAUGUAAGAAGGAGUCAACCCUUGUAUAGAUUUAAAUACUGAUAAUGCUGUAUGAUACGAGCAUCUAUUUUCAAAAGUUAACCAGUUUAAUUUAAGGAAAAGCUGUAAAGAUGGCGUUUAAACUGGUUUACUCAAUAUUAUCUUUGCUGCGCGUUUCUGCAGCUUAUUCACUUUUUCAAAUUCAGUUUUAUUACAAGUACUCCAUAUAAUACAACAAUAAUCAAAACAAGGUAAAAUAUAUGCAUUGUAAAACAUUUCUUUCAUUUCAGCGGAUAAAAAGUACGAUAUACGCAAUUUGUUUUUGUAAUUUAUUACAGACGUGCUAAUAAUUUCUGUGAUUUCGUUUGACUUACGCAUGUACCUUUUAUAUUUAUAUCUAAAGAAGGUUUUGAUUUUAAUUUAUUUUCUGACCCUAUUACCAUACAAGUGGUCUUUUUCGGAUUUAUUGCCAUGUUAUUUAAUUUACGCCAUUUACUUAUAUUAUCAACAUCACAUUGCAGAGUUCUCUGAAUCACUUCAUUUUUUUCAUUUGAUGCAUGCAUAGUAGUAUCGUCAGCAUACAUGUCUAUGUUAGAGUGUGUUGUACUAAAUGGCAUAUCAUUAAUGUAGAAAAUGAAAAGUAAAGGAACUAAUAUAGACCCUUGGGGGACCCCUGAUUGCACUGUUCAACUAUUUAAAUGACUAUUUCAAUUUUUGAUAAACUGUGUUCUAUUUUCAAGAUAUGAUUUGAAGAGUUUAAUGGAGGUGUAUGAAAAUUUGUACAAUUUUAACUUAUGCAACAAUAUGUUGUGAUCUACCAAAUCAAAUGCCUUCUUUAGGUCUAUAAAUACUGUGCCUAUCAAACAGCCCUCAUCUAAAUCGUUAAGGAAGGAUUCUAUGAGUCGUAUUAGAGCUGUUUGACAAGAAUGUUUUUUUCUGAAACCCGACUGACUUUCAUGAAUGAUAUUAGUUUCGUAUAUAUAACUGUGUAAUUGUGAAGCAAUAUGCUUUUCAAAAAAUUUUGAUAUGGUUGGCAAAAUUGAAAUAGGUCUAUAAUUAUUUGGAUCUUCUUUUGUAAAUUGGAAGUACAUAUGCUUCUUUAAGUUUAUCAGGAAAAAUGCCAUUUUUAAUGGAAUUAUUUAUUAUAGAAGCUAUAGCUAUGCUUAAAUAGUCACCACAGGCUUUAAGAAUACGCGGCCCAAUUCCAUCACUUACUGUUGACUUGUUUACAUUCAGUUUAUCAAUAAGUAGUUUUACUUGGAAUGGGCUGAUUUCAUCAAUAAUAAAAGUAUGCCCUUGAAGUUUUUUGUUCAGUUGUUCUUCAAGUGAUUUGAAAUUUUCUGUUUUGAAUUUGGAUUUGUUUAGGAAAUCAGAAAUAUUGAUAAAAUGAUUAUUGAUUGCAUUUAAAAUAUUAUUUUUCCCAGUUAUUAUAUUACCAUCUAUUGUUAUGGAAUUAGGCAAUCUGAUAUUCCAGUUAGUAUUAUUGUCGUUAGUAUUAAUAUCUUAAAUAUUUUUCCAAAGCGUACUCGGGUCUUUCUUAUCCUUGACGGCAUUAUUGAAGUAAUUUCUUUUGUGGUGUUUAAUUAAAUUAUUUGUUUUAUUCCGCCAUAGUUUAUAUGAAUCCCACUUAUUAGAUUUUUUAUAAUUAUCUCUUUUCAGUCGUGCAUUUUUAAUUUCUUCAUCAUACCAAUGUGACUGUGUGUCCCUUUUUAUACGUUUAAUUUUAAAUGGUGCAUGCUUCACUAGAAUAUUAUUUAUCAUGUUAUAAAACAAUUCUAUAGCUUCAUUUGGAUCAUUAAAUGUCUCUAUACAAUCAAAAUUAGAAUCAAUUAGAUCACGUUGAAACGAUUCUGUAUCAAAUUUAGCAAAUCUUUUAUAUUUUAUAGUUUUGUGAUUACCUGCAUGUGUGCUAGUAUUUCCUCUAGUGAAACAUAUUAAAUAAUGGUCACUGACACAAAUUAGUGAUACGAAGUUUUCAUUAAUUUCAUCAAGAUUAUUUGUGUAAAUGUGAUCAUUUAUUGAUGAACUUUUUUUGUCACUCUUGUAGGUUUAUUAAUGAUUUGCCUAUGAUCGUAUUUCAGUAAAAGUGAUGCCCAUUUAUUGUUUAACAACCCUUCUUCUGAACUAUAUUGUAUAUUAAAAUCACCUAGAAUGUGCAUUUCUAAAUUCACCUGAUCAGCCAUUUCAAGAUGUUUUUCAUACAGGUCAACCCAAACCUGCUUUGAAUCAGGGGAGCUAUAUAUGGUUUACAUUUCACAAAAUUAAUUUCUAUCCAUAUCGAUUCAAUUUCGGCUGUUUCUAAAUCAUAUCUUCGUUUAUAAGGGACAUUAUCUUUUACAUAAACAAGUAUACCCCCUCCCUUUUUACCAACUCUGUUUUUUCUCUCAAAACCCGUAGCUUGAUAUUUCAAUGUCAGAUACAUUCAUUAAAAACGUUUCACAUAAUCCAAAUACAUGCGCUUUAAAUUCGUUUAGAAUUAUUCGAAUUUCAUCGAAUUUUGGGAGUAAAUGCUGUACAUUUAAAUUCAUGAUAUGAAAACCCUUUUGUUUAAAUUUGACUUUUUUUCGUUAUCAAUAUACGAAUUAUCGCAAUGAUCAUUUUUACUUAACAUUAUAUUAGAAAUUCCAUCAGAGGUUCUUGAGUUGUCAUUAAUGCUAGAUAGUUUGUUUAAAUGAUUACAGCUGCUUAACUUACUAUAAAUAGUAGAUCCUAAAUUAUUUAAUCUUUUACAUGUACAAUGUAUAUGCAAAAAUAUAUCUUAGUUCAGAGGAUAAUUGUUCCGAAUUACAAUUGUUUACAAAGUUGUAAUAAUCAUAAGUACUUUUUUGAAUUUACCGAAACGGACUCGGAAUUGCUCUGUUCGAUAACAAAUUUGUUACAUAUAUUACUGUAAUUAAUAUCAUUAUCAGUAUAGUAUUUGGUGAACAAUCGCAUUUACAUUGCUCUAAACUGCAUUUGCUACAAAGAUUUAUAAAGAGGCUAUCUGUAUUAAAUUGAUUAAUAAACUUGUGCCUGUCUGCUUCUUCCUACCAUUCACGGUAUCUACAGUCAACAGUUUUAUGAUUGUUCCUACCACAUAUUUUACACAGAGAUCCAAAGAUUUUAGGUUUUGUUCGGAAUUGCCAAUAUCCAUUUUUCUGUUGUUCUUGACGUGUUGUGUUCUGUGUAUCUGUAUGAUAUCUACCAGUCAUUGCUUGUUUCGUCUUUACAAUAGUCGGCGAUUUGUUAAUACACCUUACUAACGCACUAGACCCUCUUGUAUUAUGAUGAAUUCCAUCACGUUGAUACAUAUGUUUCACUACAUUUCCAUCUCCAUACACAAAUGUACUAUAUGAAUCUAUCAGUGUUGCACCUGUUUCAUAAGGCAAAGUUCAUCGGAGUUACAUCGACGUCUAUUCUCGGACAUACUGUACAUAAAUAUACCUUAAUGCCAUGUUGAUAUAAGUAGUGUCUGUGCCAAUAUAUAUUUUUUAACUAUGGUGACUGUAUUUUAGAAUAACCAAACAUAUGUUUACAAUGGUUUAUUGUUAACUGAAUAUUUAGAACUCAGUAUUACUAAUAUAUAUUUUUUAACUAUGGUGACUGUAUUUUAGAAUAACCAAACAUAUGUUUACAAUGUUUUAUUGUUAACUGAAUAGUUAGGACUCGUGCAGUAUUACUGCAAAAGACCCUUUCUUUAAGACUUGAAACGGGCCUAUAUGAAACUUGUCAGAAGCAGGUAAAGGAUAUGUGCAUUUUGUAAGGCUGGCAUUGAAAAUGAAAAACAUGUUUUUUUAGUAAUGUAUGAAACUGACGUACGGAGCUGUUUUAUCAUACAAGGCUAGUACAUGUAGUAUAAAUGACAAUGGAAACAGAUAAACUGGUAAUCCUUCUUAUAAAUACAGAUAUGAUAAGAGUGCUUUCAAAACUUGUUGUAAUCCUGUAAUCAUGGUUGUAUAGGAAAUUAUAUUUUAAUUGCUAGAAUAUUUAGCUGUAAUUUUAGUACAAUUUUAAGUAUUAUUUCUAUCAUAUUGUAUUUAUGAUGUUUUAUUAUUAUUAUUAUUAUUAUUAUUAUUAUUAUUAUUAUUAUUAUUAUUAAUUUCACUUAUGAUUGCAUGUAUCUUAAAAUAGUUUACAUGUGUAACAUGUUAAACAUUAUGUUUAUGUUAAAUGUUGUAUAUAUAAGGGGGGUAAGUCUACAAUUCAUAUAGACAAUAAGGCCUGUAUGUGUUUUGGAGUUACCCCCGCCCCUCUUGUUAUUUUUUU